AAAUAUACAUUUUUUGACUUUACUUUUAUCACGUGAUUCUGACUCAUAUUCAAAAAAAUUUCUACAAACGACUCUUGUGAACCAUUGUAGUUUCGCAUCAGGUUUAUCAUAUUCAUUGCAUCUAAAUCGCAAAUCAUCCAGUGCGUGUGUUAACCUUUGCAGUUAGCAGUAAUUUUUUUUAAAAGUAUAUAAUUUGUUUAUCGUAUGUCCAUCCAGAAUCUCAACACUUUUGACCCCUUUGCUGACGCAAAUAAGGGUUCCGAUGAUGACGUUCAAGACGGUCUUGUUCAUAUAAGAAUUCAGCAACGAAAUGGUCGUAAAACAUUAACUACAGUACAAGGACUUUCAUCGGAUUAUGACUUGAAGAAAAUUGUUCGAGCAUGUAAAAAGGAAUUUGCCUGCAAUGGCACUGUAAUUGAGCAUCCAGAAUACGGUGAAGUGUUACAACUUCAAGGUGAUCAACGUGAAAACAUUUGCCAGUGGCUGACGAAGUCGGGCCUUGCCAAGCCCGACCAGCUAAAAGUCCAUGGUUUCUAAUGCUCUUUUAAAAAAUACCUAAAUAACCAAAAUAUAAGUAAACUUCUUCAUCGUCAUCGGGAAUCGACAAAGAAUACUAAAUUUGUUGUAUUAAUUGUUCGAAUAUCCAUUAUUUAUACAAAAAAAAUAAUUAAAUUAACUGUACGUUCAAUUUAGCUACCAAUAUACAUCAAAUAAUAAGCGAUUAAACUUAAACAACACAUAUUUAAUUAUAGCCCAAUUUUUAUUGAUUUUGUUUAUUUAUUUAUUUUUUUUUGUAACUCGUAAUCUACAGUCAAUCCACCACAAUCAAAGGCUUGAUAGCUAGAAAUGUUAAUAAAAUCAAGAUAAUAUGUAUCUAGGAGCCUUUGAUAUAUUUAGAGAAAUUUUUAGUGUGAUUUUAAAAUAACUAUUCCGUUAACAAUAAUAAUAAUUAUUUAUCAAAAACAACGGUUAUUCUAUGUAUACCUGUAACACAUUUAUCUCGAAAAUUUAGUUUCUUCAUUUUUGUCAUUAUAUCCAUCAUAAUUGUUAUUUUUUAAGUAGUAUUUUUUUGUAAUUUUUUAAUUUUUUUGAUUUUGGUUUCUUAAAUAAUUAUGUAACAAAUAAAUUGUUGUUUUAAAUUUGUACACAUUAUAUUAAAUAACUUCAUUUUAUAUGACCUGCCAUUUUCAAUAAAUAAAGCUCAUGAAAUUUUCAA